AUGGUGAAUCACUUUGAUAAGUAUCUAGCCAAGUCCAUGACGAACCUUAUCGAAGCUCAGAUCUGCCAGUCUCCCCUCUUUCUACAGGAUAGCUGGUUGGCCUCUGGACAUGCUGACGAAUGUUCCCAGUUCUUCCCUUAUCAAAACCACGUAGGGUGGAAUAUCUCUGUUGCAGAUGCCCAAACUCCGUUGACUAGUGACCACGUAGAGGAGUAUAUGUAUUGA